ACGCAUGCUCAGAAUGAUGGCUCAAUAUAUACAGUAAACUUUCACGAAAGAAAAAAUUAAGAAAAAUUAAAACUAUAUCAGAUUAGCGAGAAUGUAUAGAGUAAUAUGUUGUAUCGUUGUGGCUUCACUUACUAUUCAAAUAUGUUACGCUGGUGCUUCGAACAAAACAGAAAAAGAAAAAACUAAAGAACCUGAAGUCAAAGAGGAAAAGCUGAAAGGUUUUCUGAAGUUAUACAACUUUGCUUUACAACAUGGUAAACUCAACGUGUCUGAGAGCAUGAAGAAUCUGUCAACCAGAGUGAAUGCAACGCUAUCGAAAGCAACUGCUGAAAAGAACGCGACAGAAAAAACAAACGCGACAGCUGUCAAACUUCCAGUCAAAGCAGCUGCAACGGCUGUCAAAAAACCAAAAGCCAGCGGCAGCAGUGAAGCAAAUGAUGGAGCAUCUGGUGACGACAGCAAACACCAAAGCGACGAUAAUGGCGAAGGUAAACAAGGUGAAGACGGGGGCGAAGAAUGGUCAGACGAAGAAUAUGACGGUAGCCAUCCGGAUAAUGAAUACAGCUACCACGAUCAAUAUUAUGGCGGGAACGGGAAAGGCUUUGAAUAUACGAAUAAUAAUGGUAAUGUACAAGGGAAUGGGUAUCAAUACCAGUACGAUAAUUCACCUGAGGGAUCCCAAAUGAUGGGCGGACAACCAUUUGGAGGCGGACAAUCAUUUGGAGGUGGCUUUCCUUCCACCUGGCUUGGUCAAGAAUUCUCCAAUGGCAUUGGUGGCGGUAUGGGUACUGAAGAUAAUCCUACCGAUUACAAUCAAGGUUUCGUCAACUACGAUGACGGAACAUCACAAUUUGCUGGUAAUUACGACAAGAAAACGAAAACACACAAGGUAAAGAACGGCAAAGUUACAAAGGCUUUUGUUAAACAUCACAAACACAGCGUGAUGAAGGCGAAAAAGAUGGUUGCUAUGAAGAAGUACACGAUCGAAGGACAAGCUGAACGAAGAACUAUUAUGAUAGGCAAUCGAGUGUGCGGUUCUAAAAAGAGCACAAAUAUUCACGCCAGAGAUGAGAUCCACAUCUUCCACGGACUGGAGGGAGAGCAUGAGGAUAACCUAGCAAAAAGAGAACUCAAAACGCGACUUGAAAACUCGGCGGCCCUUCACGCAACCGAUUUAUGCUGUGCCGAGCACAACGAAUGUCCACGUAUAGUGCCAGCCAAAACAGCGAAAUUCGGUUAUUCGAAUGAUAUCGAAUAUGACGUCAUGGCAUGUGCAUGUGAUGCGAAAUUUAGAAACUGUCUUAAAAACGCUAACUCGUACACUGCGGACGCUGUCGGUCAUUUAUACUUUAACACAUUAAAAAUCCCUUGCCUUACAUUUGAGCACGAUCCAACUGCAGAAACAAAAAGUGAUCAACCGAUCCCACCACAGGAUUCUUUGAAUGUUGUAAGUGUAGUGCCAGAUGCUGAAACAGAGAGGGAGACAGUUGGCGGUGCUCAGUUGGUGAUCUCACCGCGAGCAGCUCCACAUAAAGAAAUGGAGGUAAAGAAGGAACGGGAACAAGAAGGAACCCUGCACGUAAAAGAAUUAAAACAAGACGAACCUGAAGAUAGUGAUGAUGAAGAACCUGAACACAACAAAAAAAGCAAACCGGACAAACGACCAGACACGAUAAAUCCAAACCCGAGCCCAAAUAAUCCGAACCCAUACGGCACAAAGUUAAAAGGCGUACCUACACUACCAGAAGCAUAUUCACCCAAAGUUGGUAUCUCACACUAAAAUAUCAUCAAAGUUAACUUUCAUACUAAAUAAACGUUUUCACGAGUAAAAUUAAAACAAUUGGCUUUGUAGAUGUUAUUUAAAAUAUAUCUAUUUCUUAGAAACAGUUUUUUACACGAGCAUGCAGGAAAGAAGCGUGUUUUUUCAGCUGAAAGGUACAAGAGGACUGGUACCAAGAAUUCCCAACCACGUGCUAAUGAUAUUCAUUUUCGUGUUACCUUGCAACCUCUGUGUUCGAAUUUGUUCUGUAAAAUAACCUCGUCAAUGUAAAUGAUAAGACUGAAAGAAAGUGUAUAUUAAAUUUA